AUUAGGGCACUAAAACGCGUCUUCCACCCUCCUUCCACCUAUAAAUAUCACUCCCACAAACCCUCACAACUCAUCAAUUCAACCCCAUUAUUAUAUGUCUCACAGAUCACACGUUCCUCAUUCUUCUUCCGUAGCUUUUCAGCUUCAUUCUCAUCUCCUUGUCUCCAGUGACCUCACCCCUAACUGGUCCUCCUCCUCUUAGUCUCUUCUACACUAAUUACUCCAUUCUUUCAUUCUUUGUUGAUUCUUUAACAUGGGAGCUAAGGGAUUUGUUGAAGGUGGAAUCGCCUCCAUUGUGGCCGGAUGUUCCACUCACCCUCUCGAUCUCAUCAAAGUCCGGAUGCAGUUACAAGGCGAAUCUGCACCUGCUGUUCCUGUUUCAAACCCUAGCCUCCGCCCUGCCUUCGCCUACAACGGCGGCGUUGGAUCCACAGUCGCAAUGCCUCACGCGCCGCCACAGGUGGCCACUGUAGCCAAAUCUGGACCGGUUUCUGUCGGUUUGAAGAUCUACCAAACCGAAGGCGUCUCCGCCUUGUUCUCCGGCAUCUCCGCCACCGUUCUCCGCCAGACGUUGUAUUCCACUACCAGAAUGGGACUUUACGAGAUUUUUCGUAACAAAUGGACUGAUGAAGCCACCGGAACUUUUCCGUUAACUCGGAAAAUCACCGCCGGACUACUCGCCGGAGGCAUCGGCGCCGCCGUGGGGAAUCCGGCGGACGUUGCGAUGGUGAGAAUGCAAGCCGACGGUAGGCUUCCGGUGGCGCAACGACGGAACUACAAAUCCGUCGGUGAUGCGAUCACGAGAAUGGUGAAACAAGAGGGAGUUACUAGCCUGUGGAGAGGCUCAUCGCUUACGGUGAACCGCGCGAUGAUCGUAACGGCGUCACAGUUAGCGUCGUACGAUCAGUUUAAAGAAACGAUUAUUAAAAACGGUGUUAUGAGUGACGGGCUUGGGACGCACGUGACUGCUAGUUUUGCAGCGGGGUUUGUGGCGUCGGUGGCGUCGAAUCCGGUGGAUGUGAUUAAGACACGUGUGAUGAAUAUGAAGGUGGAGGAAGGGGUGGCGCCGCCGUAUAAGGGGGCGGUUGAUUGUGCUUUGAAGACGGUUAGGGCGGAGGGGCCGAUGGCUCUUUACAAAGGGUUUAUACCGACGAUUUCGAGACAGGGGCCGUUCACGGUGGUGCUUUUUGUGACGCUUGAACAAGUUCGCAAGCUGCUUAAGGAUUUUUGAUUGUGUUUUUGGGGUAAUAUAUUAAUAUUAUUAUAUAUUAUAUAUUAUUUCCGGAAAUAAAAGUAUGUUUUAAGGGUUGGUAUUGAUGAUGAUGAUGAAAAAUGGUGGUCGAUUAUAUGAUGUAGUAUUGGUUACAAAUAUAUUACAACUAGGUUAUAACCCCGUGUAUUACACGGGUUAAGUAAAUAAAAUAUCAAAUAGUUAAUAACGAAGAUUUAACAAUAUAAAACGAUAUUUUAAGACA